GUGUCAGGCGAAGCCGGCGUCGCCGCCGGCGUCAGCGCCGGGCGGCGUUGCGCGACGGCGUCAUGGCGGCACCGGUCCGUCUCCACGGCAACGAGUUCGCGAGGCGCCGCGGAGCCUCACGUGAUGGGUCACGUGGCUUCAGCCCCGCCACUGCAGAGCCGAGGCGGCCGCCAUUAGCCGUUCGGCCGCCGAGUUGACACCGUCGCUCCCCGCCGGCGACGACUGCGCGCGGCCAACAUGGGCGGCGGCGGCGGUUACCUCCUGCUCGUCCUGAACCCGCCCUGGACGCCCGAGCACAAGGAGGCUAUCCUGCAGCGCGUCGCCAAAGGACUGCUAUCAUGGGACGUCAAGGCCACCGGCACAGACCUGGCCUCAGCCGAAAAGGCCUGCCUGUCCGUCAAGGUCAGCGCGGGCCCACACAACGAGCUGCUUAUCCAGCACUCGACGGAGAGCCUGGCCCUGGAGGUUCUGCUGAACCCGGAGGUAUCCACGCUGCGCCAGUGCUUCAAGAACAUGAUGGUCUCCGGCACAACGCACAAGCACGUCAUUCACGCCGGCUACGCAUUUGCCGGCUCCGGUGACUGGAUACUCCAGGAUGGCGUCUUCAGCGCCCGCGAUGUGGAGGCGCUGUUGCACGACGCCGACGUUCAGGAGGUACUACGGCGCCAGAAGUUCCACACAUUACACGUUCACUGUUCAGCUGAGGGAAGCUGGGCACAGCCUCCGGUGGGCGUCAGCCUCAACCCUCCGGACAUCGCGGACAGCCUGGCCGGCUCGGUGCACCUGCUGGGCUGCCUGGACGCCGUACUGACGAGCCCUCCCCUAACGAGCCUGCUGCCCUCAUCCAGCGUGGUAGGCAACAUCCGUUUCCGAAGGCCGACCAUGUACGUGUUUCCGGGCGGCCAGGGCGAUUGUGCCCUGUUCGGUGUCACCGGCUUCACGCUGCUCGUGGACGGUGGCUUUGCCCGGAAGCCGUGCUUCUGGGAGUUUGUUCGGCAUCUGGACCGAUUGGACUCGCUUCUCGUCACUCGCUUCAACCAGUUCAACUCGUGCGGACUCACGGCGCUGGCGCAACGUAAGGCACUCGAGCGUGUAUACCCGCAGGUCGGCCACGUCUUCUGCAACGCCGUCCGGUCGCCGUCCGACGAGGAACUGCAAAAGGACCGCGACCAGCUCGUCGUCAGUGUGGUGGCUCAAGGACUGGAGUUUCUCCAGGGAGUGCGCGAGAUGGGACUGUCGCCGCAGGCCUGUCAGAGGGACGCCCGGCCGCUUACACUAUACCAUAAGGUGGGCCACGGCACGCUAGAGAUGUUCGUACUCAGCCCUGGCCGCUCAACGGAAGAGGACGCUUCCGUGUGCGCGCUUCUCGUGUGGCGCCCUGCUAAGGUGUCGGAACCCGUCACGCGCAUACUUCUGCCCGGCAGUGCCUCUCAAAACGUCAUAUUCGAGGGGCUCAGUAAACUGGGCCACUUAGCCGUUCUCAAGAGUCGUGCGGUGACUGCAGAAGCGCGGCUAGGAUUGAAAAAGUCAAAGGUUCAAGACAAACCGCUUCGAGCAACCUCAGUGCCUCCCAGACCAAGCGUUGCCAAGAGGGCGGCAGCAAAAGUCGAGUCUCCGUCACCAUCGCCAACACCUCCACCUGCUGAAAAGGUCAGAGCGCCGGUGAAACAAACGAACAAGUCCAUUGAGUCGCUGCCCAAAAAGCAAGAUGAUGUUAAAAAGCCUUCUAAAACAGGUGCCAAGAAGGAGCCGAAGAAAUCAGCCGUCGAAAAAGCAGACGCUAAGGACGAAAAAGCUCCCAAGAUCACCGCCAAAGUUCCAGCAAAAGUAUCUGAAACAAUACCCGGCAAGGAAAAAAUUGUGGAGAAACUUGGUGAAAAUGAAUUAGAUAACGUCGAAGAAAAGGAUAUCAGCAAAAUUAUUAGCGACAAGCCGCUGAAGAAGCUUCCAAUCGAGAUCGAAAAAAUAGACACGAAAGCACAAGAAGAAAUUGUUGCUAAAGUCGAAGAAAAGGUAGCCGCGAAACGCGAACUCAAGAAAGCUACGCCUACUAGGCCACCGGCUAAGAGCAAAGGAGCGAAAGACGUCACGAACAAGAUGGCAGUCGAAAGCAAAACCACCGCACGUAAGACUGCCGAGCCAGCAAAGGUGAAGCCGCGUCCACUUGUUGCCCCUCUUACGCGACCUAUGGUUCGAGACUCUAAGUCGAAGUCGCCGUCUAGUUCUGCAUCCAGUUCACCGAAGCGCACCCCUCCUAAGCCUACGACCGAGCGACCAGUAAGGUCAGUAAGGGGAGGAGUACGGAACGCGAAGGCUCCUGCUGCAGAAACGGUGAAACUCCCUGAAGGUGAGAAACCUGUAUUGAUAGAGAAGCCCACAGCCCAAGUAAAACCCGAUAAAAGAAUUGAGGUUGUGACACAGUCGGGUGAUGAAAGUUCUGGGUCGAAAGAAGCCAUCGAGGAAAAAGCAGCAACUGAAGCUACGAAGGAAGACAAACCUUUUAUUGAGCCUUCUAGCAGCGACGAAAGCAAGAAAGAUAUUCCGAAACAGAAGUCCCCUGUGACUGUCGAUGAAGCUCCCAUCAAAGCGGUGCUUCUAGGCACUGCGCAUGCCGCGCCAACAACAGAUUUCCAAGCGGUGCCAACGAAGCCCCUCGAGAAAGAUAUUGCCGACGCCAAAACGUGGCCUGCAGAAGGCGAUGCCAAAGAGGUAGCCGAAACCCCUGAGCACGCGCUGUCUCCGGAGCCUACUGUAUCUGCGUCAUCGGAAGGUGUACCAUCGCUUAUUGACGAAGUGAUUGACGUCUCUCUAAAAGCCGAUUCCUCCGUCGCCAGACAGAUUACUGAGCCGGAACUUAGUAGGGUCCGAGCUCUCUCCAGUGGACAGCGAACACCGGAUUCUCUUGACACGCCCCGCGAAGUCGGAGACGGCACUGCGCCAUCCUCUAGAGACGAGAUACUCGAAGCCAUGGAAAAACAUCAGCUCGUUUCCAGAGAGCAGGUUCUCGAAAUCAAGAGGAGGGACUCUGUCGACUCCAUUGAAGGCGAAAUUCCCAUGGAAGAUGAGGAAAUCGUACAUCCAUCUCAGGAAGCCGACAAGAAAACAGCAGGAGUCCCCAUUUCCGCACAUGUUGGGCAAGAAUUACCCGAACCUGACGACCAGGCAGAGCUCAAACAGAAAUUCCAACAGCCAACGCAACAUGCUGCAGACCUUCCAUCACACGAUAUUGAGCACGCUACAGACGAACCAAGCAAGAGAAGCCCUGAAGAGCCAUGUGCUGAACCAGCUAUGGUCGAAAAAUCUGAAGGCGUUGUGCUCGAUACCGCCAAAGAAAAACCUUCAGCAGUUGGUAUGCUUGAUACUGCAGACAAGAAGAUUUGUGACGCUGAAAUUAUUGCAAAGGCAGAACCGCAGAUUGAGACAUCAGCGCCGGAGAUUUCUGUCAGCGCAGCGAAGGAUAUCGCGCAGAAGGAACCACCUGAACUUACAGGUACAACAGAAGCAGAACCAAUGACCAAGCAACUUAAAGAGGAAAGUGUUCUGAGCACUGUUCCUGAGACCUCAGACAAGAAACCAUCAGAGCCUUCGGGUAUCGAACCUGAGACGCCAACAGAUGAUACUAAACAGGCCGAUUUACAUGAAAUGACAGAGAAACCUUCUGAACCUUCGGUUAUCGAAACGGUUGAACAAGUGAUUGAGAGCCCAUCACAAAAGACUCCUGAGAGCAAGGUGUCUGAGGACGCAGAGGAAAAGCCUGCUAAGCUUGAUGCUACCGAUAAAAUAAAACUGGAAUUUGAGAGAACAAAACAGGAGAUUCCGGCGAGCGAAGUGCCUGAGGUCAUGAAAACAAAACCUGCCGGACCUGAGAGUAUCGAAAAGCUAGAACCGGCAAUUGAGAAACCAACGGAGGAGACCACAAAAACAGCAGUGUUUGAGGUCACAGAGAAGCUACUUGGUGAGUCUGAAAUUAUGCAAAAGGUGGAACAGGACAUUGAGAGGCUAACUGACGAGAGUCGCGUCAGCUCUGUGCCUGAGGUUAGGGAGAAGUCUGCUGAGCCCGAUGGUAUUGAAAAGGCGGAGCCGGAAUUUGAGAGACAAGCUGAGAAAACUCCGGUGAGUGCAGUCCCUGAAUUCGCAGAAAAGAAACCUGCCAAGCCUGAGGGUGUCCAAAAGGCUGAGCCGGGAAUUGAUAUACCAGAUGAGGAGACUACUAUCAGUGCCGUGCCUGACGUCGCAGCGAAGAAACCUGCCGAGCCUGAAGGUGUCCAGAAGGAGGAGCCGGAUAUUGAAAGACCAGCCGAGGGGUCUCCUCUCAGAGCAGUGCCUGACGUCGCCGAGAAACCUGCUGAGCCUGAGAGUGUUGAAAAGGGGGAACCUGACAUUGGGACUACAGGCCAGGAUACUUUUGUGAGUGUAGUGCCUGUGUUUCUGGAGAAGCAACCUACCGAACCCGAGUCCAUCCAAAUGGUGGAGCCGGAGAUUGCGAAGCCAGCCGAGGACACCCCUGUGAGUGCAGUACCUGACGUCACAGAAAAGAAAGCUGUUGAGUCUGAGGGCUUCCAGAAGGGGGAGCCGGCGAUUCAGAGACCAACUGAGGAGACUCCUGCAAGGUCAUUAGCAGAGGCCGUACAGAAGCCUACAGAGCCUGAGAGUAUCGAAAAGGUGAAACCAGAGAUUAAAAUCCCAGCUGAAGAGGCUCCUGUCAGUACAGUACCGGAGGCCACGGAGAAGAAACUUGCCGAGCCUGAGAGCAUCAUAAUGGUAGAACCAGAGACUGAAAGACCAUCUGAGGAUACUUCUGGGGCUACAGUGCAUGCGGUUGAAGAGAAGAAACCUGCCGAGCCUGAGAGUAUCGAUAAAGAAAAACAGAAGAUUGAGAGACCACCUCAGGAGACACCUUUGAGUGGAGAGCCUGAGGUCGCAGAGAAAGCUGCCGAGUCUGAGGGUGACCUCAAGGUGGAGCCGGAAGUUGGGAGACUAGCUGAGGAGCCUUCUAUGAGUGAAAUGCCUGAGGUCACAGAAGAGAAACCAACAGAGCCUGAGAGUGUCGAAAAGAUAGAACCGGUGACUGAGAGAUUAGCUGAGGAGACUCCUGUGAGGGCAGUUUCACAGGUCCCAAAAAAACCUGCCCAGCCAGAGGGCUUCCAAACGGUGGACACGGAGCUUGUGCAACCUGAUGUGGAAACUCCUUUCGAGCCGGAUGGUGUCCAAAAGGUGGAACCGGCAACUGAGAGACCAGCAGAGAAAACUCCAGAGAGCUCUGUAAUGGAGGUAGCCAAGAAGAAACCUAGCGAAGCUGACGGUGUCCAAGAGAUAGAACCGGAGAUUGAGAUAUCCGCUGAGGAGACUUCUGUCAGCAAAGCUCUUGAUGCCACAGAGAAAAAACCUGUCGAGCGUGAUGGCGUCGAGCAAAUGGAACCACUGCCUGAGAGACACGCAGAGGAGGCUCCUGUGAGCUCAGAUUUUGAGGUCGCGGAUAUCAAACCUGCCGAGACUGAGGAUGACCAUGAGGUGGAAUUGGAAAUUGAAAGGCUACCUGACGAGACUGCUAUCAGUGGAGUGUUCGAAGUCAUAGAGAAAAAACCUGUCGAGACUGACGGCGUCAUAAAGGUGGAGCAGGAGGUUGAGAAACCAUCUCAGGAGACUCCCAUCAGUGCAGUACCAGAGGUCGUGGAAAAGAAACCUCCUGAGCGUGACAGUGCCGGAAAGGUGGAAGCAGACAUUGAAAGACCAGCUGAUAAGACUUCUGUAGGUGCGGUGCCUGAGGUCGCUGAAAGAAAACCUCCCAUACGUGAAGAUUUGCAGGAAGUUGAACCGGAGAUUGAAAAACCAGCUGAGAAGACUCCUAUGAGCGUACUACAAGAGGUAACUGAGAAGACACCUACGGAACCGGAUGAUGCCCGGAAGGUCGAGCCGAAGACUGAGAGGCACGAUGAGGAAACUCCUGUCAGCCCAGUGCCAGGGGAAGCGGAUAAAAAACCUACGGAGCGUCAGAGUCCCAUAAAGGCGGAGCCUGAAAUUCAAAGGCCAGUCGAGGAGACUCCCAUGAGCGCGCUGCCUGCGGUGCAAGUGAAGCAGCCUUCCGAGCUUGAGGAUUUACAGAAGGACGAGCCAGAGAUUGAAAGACCAGCUGAGCAAACUCCUGUGAGUGUGGAGCUUGCGGUCGCAGAAAGAACGCCUGCCGAGCUUGAGGGCUUCCAGGAAGUCGAACCAGAUAUUGAAAAGCCAGCUGAGAAGUCUCCUACGAGCGUUGUACCAGAGGUCGCAAAGAAACCUACCGAACAUGGUGAUGCACAAAAGGAUAAACCGGAGAUUGAGAGACUUGCUGAAGAAACUGCUGCGAGUGCAGUGCCUGAGGUCGCAGAGAAGGAAGCUGCCGAGCCAGAGGGUGUCCAGAAGAUCGAGCCGAAGAUUGAGAAACCGGCUGAGGCGACUCCUGUCAGCCCAGUACCAGAGGUGGUGGAUAAGAAACCUACGGAGCGUGAAAGUGCCAUAAAGGUGGAGCCCGAAAUUGAGGGACCAGUUGAGGAGAGUCCCGUGAGUGCAGUGCCUGAGGUCGCAGAGAAGCAACCUGCCGAACCUGAAGGUUUACAGAAUGUCGAGACAGAUUUUGAGAGACCAGCUGAGGAGACUCCUGUCAGUUUUGUACCAGAGGCUGUGGAGAAGAAACCUACCGAGCCUGAAACUUUCGGAAAAAUGGAACCGGAGUUUGAAAGACCGACUGAGGAGACUCCUGUGAGUGGGGUGCGCGCGGUCGCAGAAAGAACACCUGCCGUGCCUGAGGGCUUACAAGAAGUCGAACCGGAGAUUGAAAAGUCAGCUGAGAAGUCUCCUAGGAGCGCUGUACCAGAGGUUGGGGAGAAGAAACCUACCGAACAUGAUGAGGCUCAAAAGGGGAAACCAGAGAUUAAGGGACUGGCGGAAGAGACUGCUGCGAGCGCAAUGCCUGAGGUAGCAGAGAAGAAGCCUGCCGAGCCCGACGGUGUCCAGAAGGUAGAGCCGAAGAUUGAGAAACCAGAUGACGAGGCUCCUGUCAGCCCAGUACCAAAGGCAGCGGAUAAGAAACCUGCCGAGCGUGAAAGUGUCCUAAAAGUGGAACCUGAAAUUGAGGGGCCAGCUGAGGAGAGCCCUGUGAGUGCAGUACCUGAGGUCGCAGAGAAGCAACCUGCCGAGCCUGAGGGUUUACAGAAAUUUGAGCCAUAUUUUGAGAAACCAGCUGAGGAGACUCCUGUCAGUUCCAUACCAGAGGCAGUGGAGAAGAUACCUACCGAGUCUGAAACUACCGAGAAAGUGGAACCGAGGGUUGAAAGGCCAGCUGAGGAGACUCCUGUGAGUGGGGUGCCCGCGGUCGCAGGAAGAACACCUACCGUGCCUGAGGGCUUACAAGAAGUCGAACCGGAGAUUGAAAAGUCAGCUGAGAAGUCUCCUACGAGCGCUGUACCAGAGGUUGCGGAGAAGAAACCUACCAAACAUGAUGAUGCUCAAAAGGGGAAAAUGGAGAUUGAGAGACUUGCUGAAGAUACUGCUGCGAGUGCAGUGCCUGAGGUCGCAGAGAAGAAACCUGCCGAGCCAGAGGGUGUCCAGAAGAUCGAGCCGAAGAUUGAGAAACCGGCUGAGGCGACUCCUGUCAGCCCAGUACCAGAGGUGGUGGAUAAGAAACCUACGGAGCGUGAAAGUGCCAUAAAGGUGGAGCCCGAAAUUGAGGGACCAGUUGAGGAGAGUCCCGUGAGUGCAGUGCCUCAGGUCGCAGAGAAGCAAGCUGCCGAGCCUGGCGUUUUGCAGAAGGUCAAGCCAGAGAUUGAGAGACCAGCUGAUGAGACUCCUGUCAGUUCAGUACCAGAGGCCGUGGAGAAGAAACCUACCGAGCCUCAAAGUGCCGGAAAAGUGGAACCGGAGAUUGAAAGACCAGCUGAGGAGACUCCUGUGAGUGGGGUACCCGCGGUCGCAGAAAUAACUCUUGCCGAGCCUGAGGGCUUACAGGAAGUCGAACUGGAGAUUGAAAAGUCAGCUGAGAAGUCUCCUACGAGCGCUGUACCAGAGGUUGCGGAGAAGAAACCUACCAAACAUGAUGAUGCUCAAAAGGGGAAAAUGGAGAUUGAGAGACUUGCUGAAGAUACUGCUGCGAGUGCAGUGCCUGAGGUCGCAGAGAAGAAACCUGCCGAGCCAGAGGGUGUCCAGAAGAUCGAGCCGAAGAUUGAGAAACCGGCUGAGGCGACUCCUGUCAGCCCAGUACCAGAGGUGGUGGAUAAGAAACCUACGGAGCGUGAAAGUGCCAUAAAGGUGGAGCCCGAAAUUGAGGGACCAGUUGAGGAGAGUCCCGUGAGUGCAGUGCCUCAGGUCGCAGAGAAGCAAGCUGCCGAGCCUGGCGUUUUGCAGAAGGUCAAGCCAGAGAUUGAGAGACCAGCUGAUGAGACUCCUGUCAGUUCAGUACCAGAGGCCGUGGAGAAGAAACCUACCGAGCCUCAAAGUGCCGGAAAAGUGGAACCGGAGAUUGAAAGACCAGCUGAGGAGACUCCUGUGAGUGGGGUACCCGCGGUCGCAGAAAUAACUCUUGCCGAGCCUGAGGGCUUACAGGAAGUCGAACUGGAGAUUGAAAAGUCAGCUGAGAAGUCUCCUACGAGCGCUGUACCAGAGGUUGCGGAGAAGAAACCUACCGAACAUGAUUAUGAUCAAAAGGGGAAACCGGAUUUUGAGAGACUGGCUGAAGAGACUGCUGCGAGCGCAAUGCCCGAGGUCACUGAGAAGGAACCUACAGAGCCCGAGGGUGUCACGAAGUUCGAGCCGAAGAUUGAGAAACCGGCUGAGGCGACUCCUGUCAGCCCAGUACCAGAGGUGGUGGAUAAGAAACCUACGGAGCGUGAAAGUGCCAUAAAGGUGGAGCCCGAAAUUGAGGGACCAGUUGAGGAGAGUCCCGUGAGUGCAGUGCCUGAGGUCGCAGAGAAGCAAGCUGCCGAGCCUGGCGUUUUGCAGAAGGUCAAGCCAGAGAUUGAGAAACCAGCUGAUGAGACUCCUGUCAGUUCAGUACCAGAGGCCGUGGAGAAGAAACCUACCGAGCCUCAAACUGCCGGAAAAGUGGAACCGGAGGUUCAAAGACCAGCUGAGGAGACUCCUGUGAGUGGGGUACCCGCGGUCGCAGAAAUAACUCUUGCCGAGCCUGAGGGCUUACAGGAAGUCGAACUGGAGAUUGAAAAGUCAGCUGAGAAGUCUCCUACGAGCGCUGUACCAGAGGUUGCGGAGAAGAAACCUACCGAACAUGAUUAUGAUCAAAAGGGGAAACCGGAUUUUGAGAGACUGGCUGAAGAGACUGCUGCGAGCGCAAUGCCCGAGGUCACUGAGAAGGAACCUACAGAGCCCGAGGGUGUCACGAAGUUCGAGCCGAAGAUUGAGAAACCGGCUGAGGCGACUCCUGUCAGCCCAGUACCAGAGGUGGUGGAUAAGAAACCUACGGAGCGUGAAAGUGCCAUAAAGGUGGAGCCCGAAAUUGAGGGACCAGUUGAGGAGAGUCCCGUGAGUGCAGUGCCUGAGGUCGCAGAGAAGCAAGCUGCCGAGCCUGGCGUUUUGCAGAAGGUCAAGCCAGAGAUUGAGAAACCAGCUGAUGAGACUCCUGUCAGUUCAGUACCAGAGGCCGUGGAGAAGAAACCUACCGAGCCUCAAACUGCCGGAAAAGUGGAACCGGAGAUUCAAAGACCAGCUGAGGAGACUCCUGUGAGUGGGGUACCCGCGGUCGCAGAAAUAACUCUUGCCGAGCCUGAGGGCUUACAGGAAGUCGAACUGGAGAUUGAAAAGUCAGCUGAGAAGUCUCCUACGAGCGCUGUACCAGAGGUUGCGGAGAAGAAACCUACCGAACAUGAUUAUGAUCAAAAGGGGAAACCGGAUUUUGAGAGACUGGCUGAAGAGACUGCUGCGAGCGCAAUGCCCGAGGUCACUGAGAAGGAACCUACAGAGCCCGAGGGUGUCACGAAGUUCGAGCCGAAGAUUGAGAAACCGGCUGAGGCGACUCCUGUCAGCCCAGUACCAGAGGUGGUGGAUAAGAAACCUACGGAGCGUGAAAGUGCCAUAAAGGUGGAGCCCGAAAUUGAGGGACCAGUUGAGGAGAGUCCCGUGAGUGCAGUGCCUGAGGUCGCAGAGAAGCAAGCUGCCGAGCCUGAGGGUUUACAGAAUGUCGAGCCAGAUUUUGAGAGACCAGCUGAGGGGACUCCAGUCAGUUCCGUACCGGAGGCCGUGGAGAAGAAACCUACCGAGCCUGAAACUGCCGGAAAAGUGGAACCGGAGAUUGAAAGACCAGCUGAGGAGACUACUGUGGGUGUGGUGCCUGCGGUCGCAGAAAAAACACCUGCCGAGCCUGAAGGCUUACAGGAAGUUGAACCGGAUAUUGAAAAGCCAGCUGAGAAGUCUCCUACGAGCGUUGUACCAGAGGUCGCGGAGAAGAAACCUACCGAACGUGAUCAUGCUCAAAAGGAUAAACCGGAGAUUGAGAGCCUUGCUGAAGAGACUGCUGCGAGCGCAGUACCUGAGGUCGCAGAGGAGAAACCUGCAGAGCCCGAGGGUGUCGAGAAGAUCGAGACGAAGAUUGAGGAACCGGCUGAGGAGACUCCUGUCAGCCCAGUACCAGAGGUCGUGGGGAGGAAACCUACCAAGCCUGAUGAGGUCCACGAGGUCGAACCGAAGAUUGAGGGAUCAGGACCGCCUGAACAAGAAAAGAGUGUUCCCGCCUCCAGGGAGCUGGCGACUACAGAGCAGAAACCAGCGAGUCCGUCAGCGCACAUUGAAGUUUUCGAAGAGGUCACGCCGGAAACAUCGCUCUCUACAGGCAGCGGUUCGAUUACACGCGACCUCUCGAAAACACGUGACGAUGGAAGCGCCCUGCCUGAUUCAAAUAUUUCGCAGUCGUUCCCUGCCGACGAAAGCUCAGUAAAUCUUUCUGAGGAAAAGGUGCACCACUUCCCCUUGGACUUGGACGCAAGCUCCGCAACGGACCUGAGUUCUUCUCCUGUCGCGCUGAAAAAGAGUGCAGGUCACCCAGACUUGCGGACAAUGAGCGACAAAGAACCUGAAAGCGCAACUGAAAUUCCUUCCGCUGACCUCGAAAUGAUGUCGGAAAAGAGCGAUGUCUGCGAUGCACGUCUUUCUUCUGAACCAGAAGGAACAAAAGUACGUGAUGAAGCAUCAUACGGUGAAACUGGUGAGAAACAAACAGCUACCAGUGGUUCACCGCCACUCAUCCAUCAAGAGCAAGACUCUUAUGAGCCAGAGGCACCAUGGAUACACCACCGCGGCUCUCAGGAUGUUCCAUCGCUGGAAAUUUCAGAUCAACCGAUGAAGGAUCCUAGAGCGACGUGCCCUACCUCUCUUGAUGCGCCAGAGCUUGCGCACAUGCAACAGAGGAUGUCUGUCGAGUACGAAAGCUCAAUAACUUCCGUUUCUGAUAUUGAGUUCGCGAUUGAUGCCAAGACCUUCAGAUCGGUAGCAUCCGAAGGCUCUUGGCACGAUGAUUCAAAGACAGCUGAAUGCUCCAAGGGCGUAAAUGACGCGUCUCGUCCAUCCAGUCCAGAAAGUCCGCCCAAGUCCCCAGUUAAAAGGAUAGCCGCAGAGCAUCCACGCACGUCUAAAAGAGCUCGCACCACGUCAGAGUCCAAGCACCCUAUUGCUACACAGGGGUCCUCAGAAGCCGACAUAUCCAGUGAAGACGAGGACAGCGCACGCAAAGUCAUUGCUCCUUCUUACACGGAUGCCCCAAGUUAUGGUGCAGAACAGCCCAAAGAAAGCCCACAGUCAGCGCACAGUUCCCCGCAAGCGGGUCUUCAUCCUCUAAAAGACAAACCGCUUGAGGGUGACGAAUACUGUGUGUUACCACGAGGCGCAGCUUACAGUGGUUCUCGUCAUCCUCCACUUGAAAUGCAGCCUGACAGCCUUCCUCAUUUUUCUGACAAGACCGAAGGCUUGUACUUCGCGCAUAAGCGAACACCGUCAGAAGAUUAUCUGCCCAUCGCUGAAAGCUCCGAUGAAGCUAAGAAGAAUGGCAAAGGUUCAGAAGCUCCUGAGUUAGCUUCACAGCAUGUGGCGGACUCGUCGUCCUCUACAAAACCCAGUGAGCAUGAUGUACAAGUACCGCCAUCACUACUUGAGCCAGAGAAAGCAAAAAUGUCAGGUGAGACGGGCUCCCACCUUGAUGAGACAUAUAGCAGCCAAUUGAAGAGAUCUUCAAUUGAGAGUGAAACGACUUCAUCUAGUGAUGACGCAGGGUCUGGUCGUAGGUCUCUUACGGGGUCUAAAGAUAGUGAUUUGAUGCGUGAAUACACCAGACACUUGGAAACCUCACCUAGCGCCCGGUUUAGUGUUGACUCCACGUGCAGUGUGACGUCGGAAGAACGAAGUUACACAGAACUCGAGAAGCCUUACCAAAAAGACGACAGCCGCGAGAGCUUUUCCAGCACAGUAAGAGAUCAUCCUGACCAAUCUUCUGGGUCUGGGAGCUUAUACAGUGACUCUACCAUCGAGCCUUUCAGCAGUCUCGAUCACCAAAAGUCUAUAGCACCGCACAUCAGCACAGAACAAGUCGAAUUGAGCUCCAGUGCCGACGCAUUACCUCCUGUAAAGCACGAGAGUCCCACCCAAGUCGCCAAGAUGGAGCAACAGUCUGACGCGCUUCCAACUUCAACUGUCACCUCUGAAGAAAUGGAGAGCGAUGUAGAAGUUCCCCUCUGUGAAGAAACUGUUACGAGAGAACCAGAUGGGCACAUCUCGUCUGCAGCCAAAAUUCCUAUGAUGGAAGCCCGACAACCAGUUACCGUUGUAGCGCAUGGGCAUGGUAUAGCUUCAGGUCUGUUUGCCGCCCUAAAAACAGAGCUGUGCGUUAUAGACUCACCUUCUAUGGACACUGUCUUAGUCCAAACGGGCAAGGAUGCUCAGGGUCUUUCUGAUCAGGGCGUUUUCGACACCUCAUCGAAGUUUUCGCAAGGGCAUCGUGAGCUUGACUCAAGUGAAAUCAAGAUUCCUGAAACUGAACGAGAAGCACCGACAGAUCAAGCACGCUCGGACGAUUGCAAAAUAGGAACUGCACUUCAUACUUCAGGUAUAACACCAGAUAAAGAAUCCAAAGAAACUUGUUCUGUUUCUGGAGACGACGAAGCGCUUCCGGGGCGCAAAGUUUCUGGGGAGGUUACUCCUGUUAAGGCUCUCAGGUUUCAACUAGGAGACGACUCUUUCAUAGAACCACUUGCCGACCACACGGAUACCUCAGCAUCCUGCACGUCGUUCGAUGCUGAUCAUGGUCUAUCAAAAGAAGUUUUUGAAAGAAAAGUUCGCUUAGAGAAAUUUCUUGAGGCCGAAUUUCUCGAAACCAUGGCAACAGAUGAAGAGGAGGAGUCGUCGCGUGCAUCUGUGAAGCCAUCUACUACAUCAAUUACAAGUUCCUCGCAUCAAGAAAAUGGCCGUAAGGUCGCCGAACCGAAAGACGACGUUACCGACGACGGUGUCACACUGGCGUCCGGUCUUUCCUCCGGACUUCCAACUGAACUCGUGUGCAUGGCACAGUCGUCUGUCGAUUUAUCAAAAGACAUUACCCUUAUCACCAAAUGUGCCGACUCGCAAGAACGCGUAUCACCUCCUCCAACUUCUCCGCUGGACGCCGUAAAGCAGGAUGAACCAGCCGCUGUGGCCGCUGGACUCGCGUCGGGUCUGCCCGUCGAGUUGGUGUGCAUGGUUGAGUCCAGAGAGCUCUGCUCCGAGAUAAAGCGCGCAGAAGAGGAAGCUAUUCAUCACGUUAUAGAGAAGAAAGCUGACUACGCAGAGGAGGAUGACGGUGUCGCGAUGCAAGCGUACAUAGAGCGGCGACUCAGUGACAGCGGCCACUUCACAGACAAGCAGCAACGCGCCAGCCCUCCGUCCGAAAUAGUUUCAACUUCGCAGCACGGGAUGCCGACUCCUGAGCGAAAACCUAGUAAAGGUUUUGACGAGCUUCACUUGAACGGCACGUCGCACUCGCCACCAAGCGUCGGUCUCGUUGCUGGCCUUGCAGCUGGACUUGCCACGGAGCUAGUAUGCAUGCCACAAUCGGCUGAAGAGCUUUGCAUUGAUGCUUCAGAAUCAAGGUGGCCGCCAGCACGAGGUUCCCGCGUCGAACCCAUACCUCCGGAGAUGACAGCUUCUAUUUACGAGGAACUAACUGAGCAUACAGGUGAGAAACCAUGCUCGGACACCGACACUGAGAGCGUCGGGCAAGGUGCGGCUGAUUCGGCUGUGCCGCAUCGCAUGGGUCAGAUACCGGUUCAGCGUGAGGUAAUCACGACCGUCACUUCUCGGCGAGUUGUUUACCAGCAUGAUGGUCUCCCGGACACCUGGGACACAUCGACUUUUUCGGAGCCACCUCAACACGACACAGAAGACGACUCUAGACGUACAACCGUAACAUACGUCUAUAGGACUUACACUUCUGGAGAAGGUGAUGAUAAAGGCGACCCAACGCUUUCUUCUGGUACUCUGCCUUCUAGUCGAGGAGAAGAUGGUCUUCCAUUUGACAUUCUGCGCUCAACUGCCGAAAGGCAUCCUCGAGAGGAAGAUAUACAUGACGAAGGUGAUCACGUCACUGGAACUUCGUCCAGGAGCUACGUCUACACCGUUUCGUCUGACCACAGUGCUCCAGAAACGUUUAUCCGUCAUACUGACGACACAGAAACCCUACAUCAUCCGGAUUCCUCUAUCCACAGUAUCGCGAUGGACGAAGUAGCUCGCAUAACUGAAAUGGCCGCCGCUGCAGUAUCCCAGUCACCAAACGGCUGGACGGUUGUCCACCGCUCGGCUGACUCUUCUUCGCAACGUCCGCUGGAGCUGACCCGUCCUGCGGAGCUGGUGGAGAGAAGAAACGGACACGCCACGCACGUGACAGAGACUCGGCAGAUUGUCUACCAUCCUGGCAGCAGUGCCGAAUUUCGCUUCGCACUGGGACCGUCUGCAGAGGAAACAUGUCUUCCCCCGGAAGGUAGCGACCCAAAGACAAUCUUGGAGUUCAUGGCAGCUCAGACGAAGCAGGCGGCUAAGGAGAUGCUAGAGGAGCAGCCGCUGUACGAGGAAGACGAAGAGGCCGCCCAGGAGCAGAGUUCGCUGAGCGACGCCAGCCCCUUGGUGGAGGAGCCCGUGUUUGGAAAGACCCUGCAACCGGACUACCCUGAACUCGUCGAAUUGUCGGCCGGAAACACGCCGUCGGAACCGCCGAGUCCGCACUCCGCUGCGCAAGACACGCGAGUCAGGCACAACGGGGAGCCCUCCGGCACCUCUUCCGUCCAGCGAAUGGUGGUCGUCGAGGAGACGGAGCCUACGUCCACAAUGGCGGGUGGGAGCGAGGCGCGUCGGGUCGUCAGCUACGUCGAGGAACCCACUACUGUCGUGCGGGAAGAGUGGGUGCUAGAAAGCGGCCGCGGCGCGGCGUCGCACGUCAUAUCGCAGUCGUCCAUGUUCCAGCAUGAGGUACUCACCCGGGAAGAGUCGACGUCUGCUGGUACCGCGUCUUCUCCUGCCUCUACUGGUGGCGAUGCCGUCCGCUUCACGACGCUCCAUCACCUGGAACGCGACCUCGGCGCGGCUGCUGGCGCUGUCCAACGAGGCUCUCUGAAGGCAUCAAUGGCAGCGGUGCAACACGAACAGUUGUGGUCCGACGCAGAGGGUGCAAGUGGGACUGAAGCACCACGCGAUACCGUCAGAGAGCUUCAGACCACCUCUGCCGAGGGGCAAGCGAACGGCCGGCGAGAUGGUGACGCCGCCGCGCCGUUCGACAUUCGGGACUGGGGCAAACCACUGGGCCUUCCCGUUCCGCCCGACCCGUCGUCCAAGUCGUCCAAAACCGGCGGCAAGAAGGCAGGUGCGGCAGCGACGCCACGUGACGCCGCCGAUGUCGUGUACGUCGACCUGACCUACGUCCCCCACCACGGCGACCCGGGCUACUGCGACGCAGAAUUCUUCAGCCGAGUGCGAGCACGCUAUUACGUGCUGAGCGGCACCAACCCCAGCCAGCAGGUGCUGGACGCCCUGCUCGAAGCCAAGCGCGGCUGGGGAGAGCCGGACGCCCCGGUCACCGUCAUUCCGACCUACGAGACCGACGCGCUUUGCUACUGGAUUGCACACAAUCAGAAGGCCCUCGAAGAGCACCACAUUGACGUGGCUCCCUCGGCUUCGCGCUGCACCAUCAACCUCCAGGACCACGAGUCGUCCUGCGCCGCAUAUCGACUCGAGUUCUGAACGAUAGGAGCCGUCUUUUUACACACUUUGCAUCCAAAGUAUUCGCUGUUACGUCCGGCUUUCUGCUGGAUGGCAGCACCGGGCCCCCUGCCCUACUGCUAUGUGGUAGUAGGAGAGUCUCUGUCCAAUCACGCUAACGCCUGUCAGAACCUUCUUUUGCCUGUUUCCUUUAUUUUAUUGUCCGGUCGUGGUGACGUAUUCGUGGUGACGGUUUUCAAUCGUCGGGCAGGAGCGCUAAAGGUCCUCUGCCCCUUUCGGCCACGAGCUUUCGAAGCACAAGAUCUCUGAAUGUUAUGAGCGUCGUAUUUGUGAUGUGAUCCAUGGACUGAGACUGUUUUGUCGUGUAGGAGGAAAAGAGGUUUACUUCUGCCCAACGACUGGAAUCGUCAUUGUUGCCUCUCUCUCUUUUAGCUUCGAACUGUUCACAUGAUUUGUUUUCGUCAUGUUCGUUUUCAUGCUAGACAUUGAAGUUGAACAACACGACCGCGAGCGCACGAUACGCGAGGUUAUGCAUAGUGCAUUUAUGCGCUCUCAAUUCAGCGUGCGGUCUCUCGCGAGAUUAUUUUGUUGAUUCUGAUUCAUCUUCUCGCUCACGUCUCUUUCUUUUUAGUUAGAAACGUUACUUUGCCUUUUGGAUGCUUUUCUCCUUGCCUGAAAGCAAAGAGUGAUUUCUAGUAGCGUUUUCUCAUUUUUCUUCCCUAAUGCGGAGAGUCCAUUUAGAGGUUAAAGGCGCUACAACUUCGGCAUUGUGUAUUACAACAUCUAAUCCCUAUAGGCCUAAACACAUCUCUAAUAACUUAGACCCCGUCUAUAGCAAUUUUCCCUGACGCUCGCGCGCGGCACGCAUUCAGAGCGCCCUUUGGGCAGUCGUGCUGCGUAAUCCCUUUCUAAUCCCCUAUUAAUAUUCUUGUUUUCUGUGAUACAUCUGCUACGCUUGAACCCUUUUAAAUAUUCCUACUGCUACCAGAUAGGCUUAUUUACACAUAUAUAUCUUUUUUGCCUUUGCUUCAGCCCUAAUUUUAUUUAUUGUCACUUGAAUAAAUCGUAUAUGUAUUGUUUCGAGUUUGAUCGCGUACGGUACCUAUCAUAGCGAUUGUCAACCGUAGGAGUCAACGUAGCUUUUUUCAACCCUAUACUGAAGAAAUUUUAGGAAAGAGCCUCGUUGUCCGUUUUAUUUAUUUAGUUUUUCACUUACCGUAUUAGCCUCGCACGGAUGUUAUAUAGUACUUCGAACGCUGUACAGCGUAACUUGGAUCUCUCUCGGACACCUCGGAGUAGGCGAAGACCCCCGCUAUUGUCGCCAUUGCUGCGGCGUUUCCAUAACAAUUAAAGCUUGCGCUUAAUAGUGUGUCGUCCCUUUUGUUGAGCCAACAGGGACAUGGUGGCGUGUCAAUGAGGCUUCCAUGAGCGUACGAGGUUAUUUGCAUUCAAGUACACAAACACAGUUAUACACAUAAUAUAUAUAUAUAUAUAUAUAUAUAGGGAGAGUCUGUCUGUUCGAUACGUGCAAUACACACACACACGCACAUUUGUGAUUAUCUCGAGUGCUUGCACAAAAGAACCACUGUGUAUACUACUAAAAGUCACAAAAAAUAAAAAUAGGAAGAAAUAAAAGCUAUACGAAUUGUUGCAAGAGAUAAUAGAGUGUGUAAGGCGAAGUUGAAUAUAAACUGAUGGAGCCAACACUUUAUUCUGUUUGUCUUCUUGCAAAGUAUGAGAGGUGGUCGUGAUUCUUUCGCGAGUUUUUUCACGGUCCUUAUGUAAAGGUGCGAAGAAAUGGUUUGUAAGUAAGAGCGAGAGAGAGAUAGAGUGAGAGAAUUUGAGGCAGGGUAACGCAAAAGGCUCAUUAUCCUCUCUUUUAUUUCGAGUUCUGCUGUUUCGGUAGGGUCCUUGUAUACGCAAAGUGGUGGAUGUUGUGGGACGACUCGAUCCCUCGACCUGUCGUAGCCCUGUGCGGCCUUUCGCUUUGCGCCUGAGAUUGCGCAUCGAAAUAGAGCUGCUGAAGUUAUGUCCACAUAAUUGUAUGUAACCGCCACAGUUUUGCAGACUCACAGUCGCCGUGGACAACCAGCGCAUACGAGUAAGGAAGAGCGCGCCUUUGUGAUCCACGAAAGGCAGUGGCACGACGUUCCUUGUCAUGAGCAUUCCAGUGAUAUGAGCUUAUCAAAAUAGAGAAGGUGGAUGUUAUCGCGCACGGUCGUGGUCUCGGUGCACGUAGUGCUGUUGGCAUUGGCGCUGUUCGUUGAAGAAGCGGAAAAUGUGAUAAUUACGGCACCGAUGUUCCUUCGAGAUAGUGGGCAGGGUGGUUGCGGUUAAUAGGAGGGCACGGGCUUACAUGUGGAACGGCCAUUUAGUUCUCGCUUGUUGUUUCGUUUCUUUUUAAAUCUGUGAAGCUGUACUAGCAUAGUUUCGGUUUCGUUUUGUACGUGUAACUUCGCUCCUCAGUGCCUCGUUGUUUGAGUGGCUUAUUAAUUUUUCAGGGUACUUACUAUAUUUUGCACUUUUUUUUUUCUUGCGUAGCUCCAAGCGUACAAAGUUCAGCUCGUACACGCAGACAUCUUACCUACUAAAUUUUCCCAUGAAGCGCGCGGUGCAGCUGGCCUCAAGAAGUAGCGUAUUUAGUUUUACCUGCAGGUAACUUUUGGUACUCUUACCGGCGCAAAACCUUUCUUGUUUGUUUCAUAAUUUUCUUUUUAUGAUAUACACAAACUUACGAGACAUGUAGGGCGCAGGAGCUCCUUUCUUUUCAAUGUUGCUGUGGACCGAUAUAGGUCCGCUCCGCGCAAGCUCUAUUUGCCCUACAACUAUUGAAAUCUGAUGUGUCAUCAGCUUCACCGCUUGGCAGUUUCCGAGCACCGCUUACAGCGCUUCACCGUAACAUCGUUCUUGGUGACCUAGCAGUGGUCGUGUAGUGUACUGUGUGUGUAUGUGGUUAUUUAAAUUAUAAAUAAAUAGUGGUGCAGCUUAGACGGAGCGAGAAACGGAAAAAAAGUUGUCACUGAAAAGGGAUGAGCGAAGUCGUGUAUGACGCGUAGGGCGGGGACCUUUGGAAAAAUCAUGCAGCAGCAUCUGAGCCAGUGACGGAAUACUUCACGUUUGUUUUCUUGUUUUUCUUUUAUUCUUUCUCGUGCGUUUCUUUUUCAUUGCGUAUUGCUCUUGUUUUGCAGAUAAACGUCGUCUAGUCAUUUGCUUGCGCAUUUUGUGCCAGUAUAAAGUGUUUUGUUUCUUCUUUCCGGUAAAAGCAGGGUCUUUCGCUUUGAAGGCGUCGUGUUUGGUGUUCUUUAUGUAGCCUGCUAAAAGGGUCGACCCCUUAACAUCUAAAGCAAGCGUUUAAAGUACCCGCGAAAUUCGCGCGGACCUGCGUAUUAGCUGAUUUGUGUGUCAUUGAUUCGGCCCUGAUGAACUCUCUAUGCGCACCACUAGCGUGUUCCUCUUAUGAACCUGUGGAGGCGCCAAGUGUAUCUACGCUGUGACGUGAUCGACAGUGAGCAUUGGUGAACC